CAGAUGCAGAGUUAAACAUAACCACAGUGUGAAGAGAAAAGGAACGCUUAUGAUAUUUGGUCCAACUUUAGACAAAAAUGAUGGAUGCCAUUGACAACAAGUGCACAGACCCCAUCCAGGCAGCCGAGGCCAAGGACACUGAAAGACCCAAAUGGGACAACAAAGCUCAGUACCUGCUGACUUGUGUUGGAUUUGCUGUUGGUCUAGGAAAUGUAUGGCGAUUCCCCUACUUAUGUCAAACCUAUGGAGGUGGUGCCUUCCUGAUCCCAUACCUCAUAGCCCUGGUUUGUGAAGGUCUGCCUCUGCUUUAUUUGGAGCUUGCAAUAGGACAAAAGCUCCGGACCGGCAGUAUUGGAGUCUGGAACUCGAUCUCACCAUACCUUGGGGGAGUAGGUUUGGCCUCUAUGACAGUGUCCUUCUUGGUGGGUUUAUUCUACAACACCAUCUUGGCAUGGGUCUUGUGGUACUUCUUCCAUUCGUUCUAUAACCCACUUCCCUGGCAUCACUGUCCUACUAAACCCAACCUCACAGAAUACAUUGAGGAGUGCAAACAGAGCACACCUGUCAAUUAUUUUUGGUACAGAGAGACUCUGAAUAUCUCUCCAAACAUUGAGAGCAGUGGGAUCAUACAAUGGAAGCUGGCAGUAUGUCUGGCUGCAGCCUGGUGUAUAGUCUAUGUCUGCUUUAUCCGAGGAAUUGAGACCAUUGGAAAGGCAAUAUAUGUGACAGCCACCUUCCCUUAUGUGGUGCUCACCAUUUUCCUGAUUCAGUCCUUGACUCUCCCAGGUGCUACUCUUGGACUAAAGCACCUCUUCAGCCCUAAUUGGGAAACACUGAAGAACCCAAAAGUGUGGUUAGAUGCUGCAACUCAGAUUUUCUUCUCUCUGUCUUUAGCCUUUGGUGGGCUCAUUGCGUUUUCCAGUUAUAACCCAGAAAAGAACAACUGUGAACGAGAUGCUGUCAUUGUUGGAUGCAUCAAUAGUGCAACAUCAAUCUAUGCUUCUAUACCCAUCUUUGCAAUCCUGGGAUUCAAGGCUCAAACCAAUUACGAAGAGUGCAUGAACAGUAAUAUCAACAACUUGGAAAAUACUUUUAAUAUUUCGGAUCAGAAUAUUACAGAAACAAAUUAUAAAGAGUGGCUAACAUAUCUGAAUGCUACAAAUCAAGGGCUUGUUGGAAGUCUUAACUUGACGACAUGUGAUCUUCAUAAAUUUCUCAAUAAGAGUGCUUCAGGUACUGGCCUGGCGUUCAUCGUAUUCACUGAGGCAGUGACAAAGAUGCCAGGCGCUCAGGUUUGGGCUGUGCUUUUCUUCAUCAUGCUUUUCAGUUUGGGGUUGUCCUCAAUGUUUGGAAAUCUGGAAGGGGUCCUAACUCCUCUGUUAGACCUGCACAUUGUUCCCAAAUGGAUGCCCAAAGAGCUGUUAACAGGUCUUAUAUGCCUAGUCUCCUUCAGUAUUGCACUGAUAUUUUGUCUGCGCUCUGGAAACUACUGGCUAGAAAUAUUCGACAGCUAUGUGGGGUCCGUGCCACUGCUAGUCAUCGCCUUUUUUGAGAUCAUAGCCGUGGUUUAUAUCUAUGGUAUUAACAGGUUCAACAAUGAUAUCGAGUGGAUGACAGGACGGAGGCCUAACCUGUACUGGCAGGUGAUGUGGAGGGUUAUCAGCCCCCUCAUGCUUUUGGUGGUGUUUCUGUCAUAUGUGAUUGUUGAGGCCCAGAGGCAGCCAACCUACUCAGCGUGGAACCCAUAUCACGCUCAAAAGCUGCCGUAUCCAGACUGGGUCUUUGGUAUUUGUGUUCUUCUGUCUGCUGUGCCAUGUUGUCUUAUUCCACUAGGGGCGCUCUACCAAUUUAUUCAGCUCCACAAAAAGCACACAGAUAGAUGCAAUGCAGAACCUUAUGAUGUUGAAACUUAAAGGGAAAAACAGCUAUUGAUGUUUAUUCAUCAUCCAUAAAAAAUAAAACCACCAAUCUCCUAUGAAGAAGUCUUAUUUAAAAAAUUAAAAAAUAAAAAGUACAGCGUUUUUUAUGCUCAGAAAAUGUGCGUGAUUAUAUAUUAUACAGGGCUACAUUAUAUCUAUGAUUAUCUCUUUGAACUAAGAAAAAAAUGACAGUUAUUUUUUUUUAGAUUUAAACUGGCUCUUAACUUGACUUUUUAUGUUUUAAAUGUGGUUCAUUAACAGGAUGAUGUAAUUUGUGUUGCUUAGAUACAUGUAUUGAUUAUCUUUGCCAAAAGGCAACUAAAUAUUUGUUCACAAGAUAUCCUGACACUCUUCCUUGACUGAUAACAUUCAGCCACACAAUAGUCCAUCUGUUACACAGUGUGUCCAUAGCUUUAUAAAACAGGUACUGGAUGUUUCAAGAUUUUCUCAUGACAGAAUUUUUUUUCCCAUACACAGAAAGAAACCAGUGGCGGGCCAUGCAUUUAAAGUCUCUGCCUUCAGUAUGAUUCAUGCCAUUAAGAAAACACAGUUUCACAAUGAAUAGGACAUCCUAUGCCUUUCGGCAUCUAAUAAUACCAAUUGACAUUUUAAAAACACGUCCACGCUCGAAAGCCAUAACUUGAAAUGACACUUAAUGCUCAAGCAAGCCUAAUUUUAACUGCAGCAUGACUGUUUUGUGAAAUGAACGUCUCCUGAACAGACAUUCAAAAAUCAUCAUUUUUCAUAUGAAUCUAACAAGGAGGUCUAUUAUACCUGGAAAAAUUGAUCUAAUAAUAUUUGCGAUUUAAAUGUUGCUUGCAAUACAUUUCGUUUCAUCAGGGUACACGGUUAUGCUGCGUUCCAUUCAAGUUGGAUGUGGGACAUUCCUACUUGAUAUCUCUGACCAUAAAUGCAUUCCAUUCCCCGAUAUUCGGAACUGCAACGCUCCCGUUAGCUUAGCAGGGGUAUGACUCUCAUUAGAGAUGUCUCCUAGCAACCCAAAUGAUAAACAGUGCUGCAGCGCUAGCAUUUGUGCUACAGGUGUACGAUUAUCAAAAGAGAUUAUAAAGUUUUAUGCACCUGUUUCUGCAGCCAUUUGUUAAAAAGCUUUAAUAUCAUGUAAUGUGGAAACAAACUCAUUUAUCGAUAUUACUUAAUAAAGUGAAUGUUGAUCACUUACUUUGUAUAUCUGUCGACAUGUUUGUGUGACAUCAUGCCCCUGCAUCUCGGCGAAAUCGGAGUUGAGAAUUUCUGCAUGAGCCUACAAGUUGUAAUUCUGACUUAAAAAUGCAUUCCAUUACACUUUUCGUAGUCAGAAGUUGUAAAAUCCGACUUUCCGAGUUGAAUGAAACGCAGCACUACUUUCCAAAACUUGAUCCGACACUGAAUGCUCAAGCAGCCUAAUUUACACUUAGAAAACUCCUGAUGUUGCUAUAACAAUGCAAAAAGCACUUACCAGUUUACUUGAAGUGAAAAUCAGCCCUCCUUUCCUGUUUAAUAAAUCAAGCAAUCACACGGUCAUGCAGAACAUCUUGUGUUUUUAAAUCCAUAAGGAUCUCUUUCUCAACGGCAAUACCAGCAGUGAUGACAGCCGACUCGUCAGCAAGAUCUCGUGCUCUUCGCUUUCAAAUUACGUCACUUAAAGCGUGAUUGCGUCACUCAAGGCCAGCUAGAACAUAUCCUAAAGAUCACACCCACCAAGAACAAAUAAAUCAAUCUGAUUGGCUGAUGAAUCUGACAGUCUGACUCUAGUUGCUCAUUCAUUUGCACUGUUGAGGGAUUCUGAAGAAAUUCUGAAGGCCUGACAGGGUGGAGCUCAGACUCACUCGCUGCUUCGGGCAUGUGAUUUGUGAAAUAGUUGUCACGCUUCCCUUGUAAGCAUCAAGGAAUAAAUUCUGACUGGCUAAACUUUUA